UUAGUCUUGCACCAAUCUUCAUGCCUGGCAACUAACAAAAUCCACCCGGGGGAGCUGCUCUUCCCCAGCACAGACUUGGAUAUUUACUGCUUUUGGGGCUGGGGAUCUUUUCUGAUCUACUAUAUAUAUUUUGGACGCUGGACGCCAUGUUGUGGAAACUAGCAGAUAAUGUCAAAUAUGAAGAGGACUGCGAGGACCGGCACGACGGGAGCAGCAAUGGGAACCCCAGGCUCCCCCACCUUUCCGCCGUCAGCCAGCACUUGUACAGCCCGGCUCCCCAGCUCUCCCAUUCCGGGACGUCCGACUUCCAGCCCCCCUACUUCCCACCCCCCUACCAGCCUCUGCCUUACUCCCAGUCCAGCGAUCCCUACUCCCACCUCGGGGACCCCUUCUCCAUUAACCCGCUCCACCAGCCUCCUCCCCCGCCGCCUAGCCAGCAGCAGGCUGCCUGGCCCAGCCGGCAAAGCCAGGAUCCCACCGGCCUGAUCCAUCACGCCAGGCCCGGCCUGGUCCCUCAUCUCUCGGCGCUGGACAGCGGCUCGGCCGGGGGCAGGAGGGAAACCUACAGGCGCUCCGAGCUCCUCCUGCCCCACGGACACGGGCUGGACGCUUCCACGCUGGCCGAGAACCUGGGGCUGCACGAGAUGGCUCAUCAGAUGGAGGAGGUGCCGAAUGUGGAAGAUCAACACUUAUUAAUGCAUGACCAGACAGUCAUUAGAAAAGGUCCCAUUUCAUUAACAAAAAACAACUCGCUGAGUCUCCCCUGCCAGAAGGAUGGAUUAAUUGGAGUGGUGAUAAAUCCCAAUGAAGUGUUUUGUUCUGUUCCGGGGAGACUUUCUCUGCUGAGUUCCACAUCUAAAUAUAAAGUGACAGUAGCAGAGGUUCAGAGAAGGCUCUCACCUCCAGAAUGUCUAAAUGCCUCCUUGCUAGGAGGAGUACUCAGAAGAGCCAAAUCUAAAAAUGGUGGCAGAUCAUUAAGGGAAAAACUGGAUAAAAUUGGCUUGAAUCUUCCAGCUGGUAGAAGGAAAGCUGCAAAUGUGACAUUAUUGACAUCUUUGGUGGAAGGUGAAGCUGUACAUCUUGCUCGUGACUUUGGUUAUGUAUGUGAGACAGAGUUUCCUUCCAAAGCAGUGGCUGAAUAUUUAACCAGACCACACUUGGGCCGUAAUGAGAUGGCUAACAGGAAAAAUAUGCUUCUUGCUGCAAAGCAGAUAUGUAAGGAAUUCACAGACCUCCUCACUCAGGAUAGAACUCCUCUUGGAAACACUAGACCUAGUCCAAUCUUGGACCCUGGCAUCCAGGGCUGUUUGACUCAUUUUAGCCUGAUCACGCAUGGCUUUGGGAGUGCUGCCAUCUGUGCUGCCAUGACUUCCGUCCAGAACUACCUAAAUGAAGCAUUAAAAAUAGCAGACAAAACAUAUAUGAACACUGGCGACCAAAGUCCUGCAGAAACCAACAAAAACAUUGAUAAAAUGGAUAAGCACAGGAAGUAAAAUGAGGGAAACCAGACUUUCAAACUGUUCCUCCAAAACACAGACUGGGAUCUUCUUGCCUACGGGGCAUGUAGAAAUUUGGUUACUUUUCCUUCCCCUCUCUCUCUUUAAAACAACAAAACAUCUUAUUCAGGAUCUUCACUCCCUCUGGAUCUGUAAGACAAGUCUUUCUAAAGCUGCAGUACCUCCCUUAACUGUGGAAUCCGUUACCAGAAGAUAAGUACUGGUGAAGUGUAUUAAAAUCCUUUGCUGUUAAAGUGGUGCUAUAAAGUCUUUGGUGGAAAUAUACUAAGAGAGAUGUAGAGUUUUCAAACAUCUAAAUAUCUAGUGGUGACAAGCUACCGUGUAUAUUUUUUGAGAUAUAGAUUUUGGAUGGGAUACUCUUCAUUAUCUGGAAAAACGUCAGGUUUUUAGUUUUUAAAGCCAACAAUAACUAUAAUGCAGUAUUAAACAAGGUAUUUAGAUUUAUGUGCAUGGUGUAUUUUAUAAACACAUGACAAACACCAAGAUCAUUCUGUUUUGCUUUAUUUUCAGAUGACCGUAGGGAAAAACUGAUAUCAGCGUAAAUGAAAGAGCUAUUUGAUGCAUUUGACAUGCUUAUUUUAAUUCUUAUUUUUUAUGGAAAUAUCCAGGCUUUUAAAAAUUGCAGUUGCCCACAGUGGAAAUUAUCUUUUUUAUUUU